UCUUCCUCUCUCUCUCUCUCUCUCUCUCUAUUCCAAUUUCAGUUUCUUGCUCAAAAGCAACAGCUGCUCCAAUUCUCCGGCAGUUUCUCAGUUUUUUGCAUCAAGAUGAGAGAAAAUUUGAAAAGGUGGCUAUACCAGGCAAUGGGAUUCCAGAACGAGCUGGCUAGAAAUCAAAGAAUUGAGCCCAUUUCAAAAGCUACUAAACCUAACAAGACGGAGCCCAAUGCAGCAGGGGACCCGAAAGAUUCUAAGCCUGAUAUGUCCCUUUGUGCUGAUGUCAAAUACAUUUCUUGGUUGAAAGAGCACCCUUCAGCAUUGAGCUCCUUUCAAGAGAUGAUAAGUGCAGCAAAGGGGAAACGUAUCGUCGUGUUUUUAGAUUAUGAUGGGACUCUAUCUCCAAUUGUGAAUGAUCCUGACAGUGCCUUCAUGUCUGAUCUGAUGCGUUCAGCUGUACGCCAAGUUGCAAGGCUCUAUCCGACAGCUAUAAUAAGUGGAAGAAGUCGACAGAAGGUUUAUGGAUUUGUAAAGUUAGAUGAGGUAUUCUAUGCGGGGAGCCAUGGAAUGGACAUAAUGGGACCUGCAACUCAGGCCAGUUCUUACGAUGGAAAGUACCAAAGCAAAGCCCUUGAUAAAAAGGGAAAUGAACUCACUGUCUUCCAGCCUGCUCAGGACUUUCUGCCUUCAAUUGAAAAGAUGUUGAAUGAGUUGGAGGAAACAACUUCAGAGAUAAAUGGAGCUCUGGUUGAGGACAACAGGUUCUGCAUCUCUGUACAUUACCGGCAUGUCUUACAAGAGGAUUUUGGAUUGCUGGAAAAGAAAGUCCAAGCAGUAGUUGCAAAGUACCCCGGUUUUCAUCUUACAAGGGGUAAGAAAGUUAUAGAAAUACGGCCAUCAAUAAAGUGGAAUAAAGGGGAUGCUUUGCUUUACUUGCUUGAAACUCUAGGAUUUGCAAAUUCAAGUGAUGUUCUCCCAAUUUACAUAGGGGAUGACAGAACUGACGAAGAUGCUUUUAAGGUACUCAAGAGUACAGGACAAGGGUAUCCUAUUAUAGUGUCUAGUAAUCCAAGGGAAACAUUGGCAUCUUACUCGCUGCCAGAUCCAUCACAAGUUUUAUCUUUUCUGAUUCGGCUGGCCAGAUGGGGGGAUCCUUCCUCAGUGUAGAUUUUGCUUGAGAGGUGCAUGGAGCUGGCAUAAGUUUAUUAUAAUCAAUGUACAGUUUCAUAUAAUAUUUAAUAUAUAUAUAUAUAUAUAUCGGCAUAGAUGGUAAAAAAUGAAGGAAUGGGAGCUAGGUAUGGGAUCGUCGUUCCCUAAUACAAGGCGUUUUUUAUAGUCGCCUGUUUUUACUCCCAUUAGGUUUACAAAGUACUAGUAAUAUAUAUAUAUAUAUAUAGGCUUUAAGGAUGAAACUGCAGUUGGGUGAAGUUUUUUGUAUCAUUGCGCAACUGCAGCUUAUUAAUGAAAAAAAAAAAAUUUGAACAUUUCAA